AAAAUUCUUGAUGUUUAGUACAUAAAGAGUUAGAUUUUGACACAUCGUUAAAUGUCGACCACUCGUAUUCUUAUGGAGGAAUACCUAGUUGAAUUUCUACUCUUGUCUUCUUCACAUUUUCUUUCUACAAAAAAACUAAUUUCAUGGCUUUAUCCUCUUCCACUCUGUUGCUUGUGAAAUCCCAUCUCUCUCUUUCUUCUUUUUCGAACCCAUCACUUUAUUUCAGACGAGGUGAAACCAGACUUCGAGUCAGACCCAUUUCCUUGUCCAUUAUAAAUGCUCGAGCUGAUGAGAGAAAAGAAGAUAUUGUUAUCGUCGGAGCUGGAAUUGCUGGUCUUGCUACUGCUGUUUCUCUUCAGAGGCUGGGUAUUAGAACAUUGGUACUUGAGCAGGGUGAAUCAUUGAGGACCGGAGGAACCUCGCUAACCCUUUUUAAAAAUGGAUGGAAGGCAUUGGAUGCUAUUGGAGUUGGCAAUGAUCUCAGGAGUCAGUUUCUUGAAAUUCAAGGACGAUGCUUCUCUUGGUUAAUGAUUUCCUUGGGUAUCCGUUUAGAAAAUCACUGGUUUAUAUUUGAAGAAUAUCCUGGGAUUUGCAGGCUGGCUAUAAAAUCAGAAGAUGGAAGAGAAUUGCGCUCAUUCAGGUUCAAAGAUGAGGAUGAAAGUCAAGAAGUCCGUGCUGUGGAGAGAAGAGUCCUACUGGAAACACUUGCCAGUAGGCUACCACCGGAUGCUAUUUCUUUUUCCUCAAAGCUGGCAAACAUUGAAAGAAGUGAAAAUGGUGAAACCUUGUUGGAACUUGAAGAUGGUAUUCGGAUAUCUGCCAAGAUAUUGAUCGCUUGUGACGGGAUUCGGUCACCAGUGGCCAAGUUGAUGGGGUUUCCAGAGCCUAACUAUGUAGGACAUUGUGCAUUUCGAGGCCUGGCAUAUUUCCCGGAAGGACAGCCAUUUGAACCAAAAGUAAACUACAUCUACGGAAAAGGAGUGCGUGCUGGAUAUGUUCCUGUAUCUGAAACCAAAGUCUAUUGGUUUAUCUGCUACAAUAGCUCGUCACCAGGUCCAAAGAUAACAGAUCCAUCUAUUUUGAGACAGCAGGCUGAACAACUCGUUAGAAAUUGGCCAACCGAACUAAUAAACCUCAUCAAUCUUACACCAGACGACACAAUUAUAAGAACCAGCCUAGUAGAUAGAUGGCUUUGGCCCUCAAUAAGCCCUCCAGCCUCUACUGGCAGUAUUGUGCUGGUUGGCGAUGCAUGGCACCCAAUGACACCAAAUCUCGGUCAAGGUGCUUGUUGUGCACUUGAAGAUUCAAUAGUUUUGACAAAAAAACUUGCAGAAGCUAUCAAAUCUAAACGUACUUCAGUCGAGGACGCAUUCAAAGCAUAUGGAAGUGAAAGAUGGCCCCGUAUAUUUCCAUUAACAGUACGUGCAUACCUUGUAGGUGCACUAUUACAGUGGGAUAAUCCAGUUAUAUGUGCUGUUAGGGAUAACAUUGUUGUACCUAAGCUGGUGAGGCUUGGACCAGUUCUGGAGCAUACUAAUUUUGAAUUUGACCCUCUAUAAGAAACUUAAGAAAUUUAGUUAUUAGCAAAUAUUGUUUAUACUUAAUUGAGGUGUACAUCAAAAGUACAAUGUUGUUGCUGGUUAUUAUACAUUCAUACUGCACAAAGUUCCUUCUUACACUUGCAAUGUCAAAGAACAUGAGUUCGAUUUCG